AUGCGAACAGAAGUAAAAUCUUUAGGUAAGUUUGUAAUUAUUAUUCAAUACAAAGUUUUUUUAGAAUUUAUAACAUCCAAAGAGGCCUCAAACAAAAACCCAUUUCCCACCUCAGAAAGGAGGUCAAUGAAAGAAAAUGGCAUUCGAGCACCGCCAACUAAGCGCCGGAAAACGCUUCGGAUUUCACCGGACCCAGAGCCCAAACAGUGCGAGGUGUCUGUGCUCGAAACGUAUCGGUUAGGAUUUGAGGAUAAAGAAAAUAAAAAGACCUACAUUUUUAAUAACAUCGAUUAUCUAGAAGUCUCUUAUGCAGCUAGCGUUUUAAGCACCGAUCUAGAUAGGCUAGACUCCCCUGACCUGUUUUCCCCUGAUCCGGAGCUCGAUAGGCAACUUUCAGAAACGGCCUCUAUUGCUCUUGAAGAGCUUUCUUCUCCCCUAGAAUCCAUUUUAGAUGCAGCUGAUGAGGAAAUUGCUCGAGAAUUCACUUCCCGGCAGCUCUCAUACGAUGAUGAACUUAGAGUUCUUCGGUUACAAACUUUCAAUCUAUUACGUCUUAUUCUCCCCCACCCGAAAUUGAAAGAAGGUUUCGAUACUUCCACUUCAGAUCUGGACACAUUUAUUCUUCGAAUUAUUAAGUGUUUGGAAGGGAGCCCUGAUGCUGUCGCUACUAAGGAUGGUGAUAAUCAUGAUUAUGUUAAUGAUGAUGCUCCCGUCCAAUCGAAAGAUUGCUGUGUUGUGCUAGUCCCAGACUUCCCGCUUGCAAAAUUUCGAAAUCGGGUUGUAGCCCUGUUGAAAUUACUCCUUCCCAAACUCCGUCUACCGGAAUCUUUCGACCCCAACCGUGAUUUGCAAGAUCUGAUCAAUUCCAUCUACUCGUAUAACAAUUUUAAGCCCUCCUAG